AUGCUAAGUUCACUGCCGGCUCCAGGGCCACCAUACAACAUCACUAGCGAUUACGCGAUGAAAAAUUCCAGACGAAAAAUGGAAGACCGUCACGUAAUCAUCAACGAUCUUAACACCAUGUUCAGCAAUAUUCAGGAAGAUAGUCCGUCCAGCUAUUACGCGAUAUUCGAUGGUCAUGCCGGCCACGACGCCGCAGCGUACAGCAGUGCGCAUUUGCACCAGUACCUCGUUGAAAGUAAAUAUUUCAAUAGCAACCCAGAACAAGCCUUGAAAGAUGCCUUUUGCAAAACAGACGCUUUAUUUAUCGAAAAAUGUGAAGUAGAAAAUAUAAGUAGUGGAACUACAGCUGUAUGUGCUUUAUUAAAACCUAAGGAAAAACAAUUGUAUAUAGCAUGGGCCGGGGAUUCCCAGGCCGCUUUAGUUAAGCAGGGAAAAGUUCUACAGUGUGUAAACCCUCAUAAACCAGAUAGACAGGAUGAAAGAGAACGGGUAGAAAAGCAGGGAGGAUGUGUAUUGUUAUGGGGAACAUGGAGAGUGAAUGGACAAUUAGCAGUUUCUAGGGCAAUAGGGGAUCCUAGUUAUAAGCCCUAUGUGUCAGCAAUUCCAGACGUGGUAGAAUAUGCUUUGGAUGGAAAUGAAGAUUUCUUGAUUUUGGGUUGUGAUGGUCUUUGGGAUCACGUGACAGAAUGCAUGGCUGCCACCACAGUGUAUAAUUUGCUGCGAGAGAAUAAAGGUAAAUCUAAGUGA